CUGUCAAAUCUGAAGAAAUGCCAAUAUUGAAUUUUUAAUUUCAUCCAUCUGUUUGUUGUGACUUGUUCGAAAUAUUAUUUAUUUCUAUCAUAAAUGAGAUAAAACAGCUUCUUCAACUGUAAUAAAGUCUACACAUUUACGUUGUGAUUUUGUGCAGUGCAUCUACAUAAUCUAAAACUUGAAUUUUUUGAGCGGAGAGUGGUGCCAAAACCACAUCCAAAACGCAGCGAUAUCAACCAAAACGGAAUAUUGCUUCAAAGCUCAUAAUGGUGUAAGCUCUGCGAGUGAGUACAAGAGUUUAACCAUGGAAUCACCGACAGCGACGAGCCCUCUGCCUGAGGCGGAGCAGCCAGUUAUCAAUGAAACAGACUACUCCAGUAUCAGAGGGAAGAUGAUACUGGUGAGCCCGACCACAGAGGAAUAUGACCUGCUGCGGAAGGAGCUACUAGAGAGGCUAGAGGCUGGGAACGGAGAAAUUAUUUAUGACAUUGGCCAAGGAGAAGACGGUCGUGGUCUGACGGAGGAGGAGUACAAGGCGUCAGUGGCGACGCUGCAGUCGCUGGUGAGCGGCGACCGCGUGUCGUGCGUGGAGCUGCGCCGCUGGGACUGCGGAACGGGGCUUAUGGGGCAGUACCUACUGCGGACUGAGCUUGAUACUAAUGACUUUAUGGAAAUCAGAGUGGCGGUGGUGGGCAACGUGGACGCGGGCAAGUCUACGCUGCUGGGGGUUCUGACGCACGGCGAGCUCGACAACGGGCGCGGGCACGCCCGGCAGCGCCUGUUCCGACACAAGCACGAGCAGGAGAGCGGGCGGACGUCCUCCGUCGGCAACGACAUACUCGGAUUUGACAGCAUGGGCAAUGUGGUGAACAAGCCGGAGCACGGGACGCUGGACUGGGUGAAGAUCUGCGAGCGCUCCUCCAAGGUCAUCACAUUCAUAGACCUGGCCGGCCAUGAGCGCUACCUCAAGACUACCGUGUUCGGUAUGACCGGACACGCGCCUGACUUUGGCAUGCUCAUGAUCGGAGCGAACGCUGGCAUCGUCGGCAUGACUAAGGAGCACCUGGGGCUAGCGCUGGCGCUGUCGGUGCCCGUCUUCGUGGUGGUCACCAAGGUGGACAUGUGCCCGCCGAAUGUGCUGCAGGACAACCUCAAGCUGCUGGUCCGGGUGCUGAGGUCCUCCGGCUGCCGGAAAGUCCCGGUUAUGGUGAAGACCAACGAUGACGUCAUUGUCAGCGCCACUAAUUUCGUGUCGCAACGGCUGUGCCCGAUCUUCCAGGUGUCGAACGUGACGGGCGAGAACCUGCCGCUGCUGACGUCGUUCCUCAACCUGCUGAAGACGCGCGGCGAGGCCGGCAGCGUCGCGCGCCCCGCCGAGUUCCAGAUCGACGACACCUACAGCGUUCCCGGUGUCGGCACGGUGGUGUCGGGCACGGCGCUGGCGGGGCGCAUCCGUCUCGGGGACACGCUGCUGCUGGGCCCGGACCCGCUCGCCCGCUUCACGCCCAUACUCGUCAAGAGCAUACACCGCAAGCGCAUGAGCGUCAGCGAGGUGCGCGCCGGACAGACAGCCAGCUUCGCGCUCAAGAAGAUCAAGCGGUCGGCGAUCCGCAAGGGCAUGGUGCUGGUGUCGCCGGCGCUGAACCCGCAGGCGUGCUGGCAGUUCGAGGGCGAGAUCCUGGUGCUCCACCACCCCACCACCAUCUCCGAGAGAUACCAGGCCAUGGUACACUGCGGCAGCAUCCGGCAGACGGCGUCGAUAAUGUCGAUGUCGCGCGACUGCCUGCGGACGGGCGACAAGGCGCUAGUGCGGUUCCGGUUCAUCAAGCACCCGGAGUACCUGCGCCGUGGACAGCGGAUGGUGUUCCGGGAGGGUCGCACGAAGGCUGUGGGCAACGUGCUGCGGCCCGAGCCCGCCGCACGCCCGCCGCCCCGACACGCCCGACACGACCACGCCCGCAAUCAGGUGCAGGAGGGCGAGGGCGGGGAGGGCGGGGCGGAGGGCGGGGACAAGCGCGGCCAGCAGCGUCGCGGCCGCAAGCGACACGACAAGCCGCCGCCGCCGCCGCAGCUCGCCGUACAGAGCGCCACAUAACUUCACACACUUUAAUUAUA